AUGUCACGUUGGGAAACAAUUAAUAAUAUACUCAUAGUAGUUAUUCCAACUUCUUUAACUCUAAUUCUGGUCGAGGUCUCCUUAGCAUAUUAUGAUUUUAUUAAAAUCAGUCCAAGUGUAGUAAAGUGUGAAUUUACAUUUGGACUUAUCUUAUUAAUUGGAUCCGUAAUAUUCUAUACUGGCUUUAGUUUGAGAAAACUUACCGAGCUUUUGGUUAUUGAGUCUAUUAAGAGGCGGCCGUUUAAAGAAUUGCAUACAUUUGGGCAAAUUGCAAUUUGGAAUGAUAUUUCUUCUAAUAUCUUACAGGAGGGAAAAAAAUGCAUCCCGUUUGGGAUUGGGCUUCUGGGAAAUACUAUUUUCUUAGAACGAACAUUUAAGAGAAAUAUGGCCGACAUCAAGAGACGAUUAAAUACAAUAUAUAAAGACAUGGAUGAGGAUGAGAUCAGUGGAAAUGAUGCAAUUCUCAUUGCAGCAAAAAAAACGUAUGACGAAGAUUUAAAGCAGUAUUACAAUGAAAAUAUCUUCAACAAAGAUGAUAACUGGAAAAAAUAUGGUACAGCCGUGCCAUUGGAUCCAAUUACCGAAACAACCAAGUAUGAAGAUAAUGAAAGAUUUCGUAGUCGUGUGGAAUUUGCAAUAAGACUGUUGAUCAUUGUUUGUUUUUCAUCCUACUGUUUAUUUGAGCUCAUAAUUGAAUGCCUAGGUUUUAUAAAUAGAAUCCUAGGUUUCGUUGAUAAAUGGUUAAGUUCAAAAUAG